GCUUUUUCACAGACAUACCAAACCGUGGAAACGCCAUUUCAACUCUAAAUUGUGCUUUGGUUCAAAGUAGAGAUGAAGGCAAUCAUUUUGUUGUUAGGAAGUCUCUGUGUUUGCCUUGCAGCACCAGUUGAGGAACAUCAUGACAGAGUGGGCAGAUCAGCAGUGAGUGGCAGUGAGGAAACGGGCCUGCGAACCUUGCUGACCGAAGUGAGAGAUACCCUUGCCAGCGUUAACCAAAACCAAAACCCAAUCCCCCAACCACAACCCCAACCACAACCCCAACCAGAGUUGGUAGCCCCACAGCCACCCGCUCCAGGUAUCAACAUUCAUGGACCCUCUCCUCCCGUGAUCGAACCAGAGAUGAAUCCUGCAGCAGGCCCGGCCACCAUCAACCUGGUCAUCAGACAGCAGCCACAGCAGCCACAGCCACUGCCGGACAUCAUGCAGACCCUGCAGCCGGGCCAACCAAUUACCGGGCUGAUCCAGGCCACCAGUGAUCCCAACGCUGUGGUUCUUGGACCAUGUGGACCUAAUUCCCCAGGUGCGCCAUGCUACCUUCCCUACGGCGGUCUGCCGCAACCAAGACUUGGCCCAUAUUCCCAGUAUAGCCCUUAUCCUACAUACCCCUCAUACCCCUACAUAAAUUCUCCAGUCGGCGCUUUCACAAGUCCUGUAGCUCUUGUAAAUCCACAGGUUAACCCCUACAACCCCUACAGCCAAUAUAACCCCUACAGCCAAUUUAACCCCUACAUUGGGUAUAAUCAGGGCAUGACCCCAAAUCUGGGUUUGACCUCAAAUCUGGGCAUGACCCCAAAUCUGGGCAUGACCCCAAAUCUGGGUUUGACCCCAAAUCUGGGCAUGACCCCAAAUCUGGGCAUGACCCCAAAUCUGGGCAUGACCCCAAAUCUGAGCAUAACCCCUCCGAUCAUUUUUAGAGAAGGUGCAGUGAGGACCCAGUAACAGCAAGCAAUGUGGAGUGAUGUGUAGGCUAUUGCAUUAUUUUUUCCCCUUCAUCUUGCAUAUAUGAUAGUUAUAUGUAGGUCUAGCCAAGGUAUGUAUGGCAUGCAAUGUUUGGUUAAUGAAUGCACAUUAAAAUGACAUCUCUA